GCCAACAGCGCACCGACGAAACAAACAACGCUUCGCCCCCUCAAGACUAUCAUCAAAAUGGGCUCGACAAGACUCUACACCAAAGGCCGCAUCCUUGGCCACAAGCGUGCCAAGCGCAACACCCGCCCCAACACCUCCCUUCUUCAGCUUGAGGGUGUCGCCAACAAGGAGGACGCUCAGUUCUACCUCGGCAAGCGCGUCGCAUAUGUGUACAAGGCGAAGCGGGCAGUAGAGGGCUCAAAAAUCCGGGUGAUCUGGGGUCGUGUUACCCGCCCACACGGCAACUCCGGCGUCGUCAAGUCCAAGUUCAGGUCGAACCUCCCACCCCGUGCAUUCGGCGCACCAGUCCGCGUUAUGCUGUACCCUUCGACGAUCUAGAGUCCUUUGCCGGAUAGCUAUCUCUGGGUCACCUUUUUCUCUCCUCACGUACCGUGUAUAACACGACCACGUUUCCCUACUGCACCACAGCGUAUGCCACUCUACUCCCAAGCUACUACAGUUGUAUGCGCAUGCACAAUCGAGAUUUUUGCAACGGC